CCGAAGAAGGGAGACCUGCAGUUCUAGUGUUAACGCCCAGAAGCCGGUUUUCUCUGACGUUUAGCACAUUAGUUUCAAGGAUUUCUUGGCACAAUAUCCCCAGCAUGCAGACCAUUAAGUGUGUGGUGGUUGGAGAUGGGGCUGUGGGUAAAACAUGCUUGCUCAUCUCCUACACCACCAACAAAUUUCCAUCAGAAUAUGUACCUACGGUAUUUGACAACUAUGCGGUGACGGUGAUGAUUGGUGGGGAGCCGUACACCCUGGGGUUGUUUGAUACUGCGGGACAGGAGGACUAUGACAGACUUCGUCCUCUCAGCUACCCUCAAACCGACGUCUUCUUAGUCUGCUUCUCUGUUGUCUCACCAUCAUCGUUUGAAAAUGUUAGAGAAAAGUGGGUUCCUGAAAUCACGCAUCAUUGUCAGCGAACACCAUUUCUGCUUGUGGGAACGCAAAUAGAUUUACGAGAUGAUGCUGCUACAAUAGAAAAACUGGCCAAAAACAAGCAGAAACCUAUCACUAUUGAACAGGGAGAAAAACUGGCUCGUGAACUGCGAGCAGUUAAAUAUGUGGAAUGCUCAGCUCUCACUCAGAAAGGUCUAAAGAAUGUAUUUGAUGAGGCGAUCUUGGCGGCCUUAGAACCUCCGGAGUUGACAAAGAAAAGAAAGUGUGUACUGCUUUAGAAAUUCUGGUGAUUGGGUGACCAUACUGUAGAAAACCAAAAGACAUUUGGACCUAAGUGAUAACUGCUCUUGUGCAGAGAAGAGGCCAGGCUAGCCCAUCAUCUGCUGUGGACCAGGGAUAUCAGGGGCAGUUAACCCACUAUAAAGGGACAGAACUCCUACAGCAGCAGUCCGAGGCUGUGUUCUGUCCAAUGUCCUGGCGAGGCUGGGAAAUUGGUCAAAACAAGACCUUUACAAAUAAAUGUAGUUAAAUGGGAAUUUAGAACCAGAGUUUUCAGACUGCAUGACUUUAUAACUUCUAAAAUCAUGUUUUACUUUUAAAAGUUGACAAAAGAGAACCCUCCCUCAAGAUGGGUAUAAUGCUCUUUUUCAUAGAUUGAAAACACUUGCAGAAUCUUGUUAUAAGGUGUUCGAUCGCGAAAGACGGCCUUUUUCUAAAGUGUUGUACAUUUUGUAAAUAUGGUACCUAUCUGUCAUGUACAUUCUUAUUCAUUACAAACCUAGCUAGGCUUUAGCACCUUACAAGUUACAUCGAUAGAUUGAUUUAUCAAGCGGAAUGUUGAGGUCUUGAGAAGCCUAUCUUGCACUAAUACUUGAAAUUUGAGGACUUUAGAUAGGUCCCUGCUAAAACUUCUGCAUAACAGCCAUGGGUAAUAGGUAUUGGUUUUCCCUGGCUGUAAUCUGUGGUGUGUUCUAUAUUUGAUUAUGUAUGAAGUGCCACAGCUGUGUGUUAAGCAUGCUUUGAGGACUGUUUAGUGGUGUAACUGUUCUGUAACCUCACUUGUCUUCCUCUUUUCAUUGUGAUAGUGUUAAGUCUGUCAGCAGGUCAAUACCUGUGCCCCUUGUUUCUUCAUAUUUCCGUACUCCUUGUGCUAAUUCUUUGAUGAAUCUGAUGUUCUUAAGUCGCCUGUAGUUUUAUUAUAUCUUUUAUAACUUGUCUUUGCUAUGUGAACCCCAUAUGUAUAAGUCAGCUGUACCAGAUUGUUGUUCAGUGUUGGCUCGGGGGGAGGGCAGGGGUGGGGAAAAAGAAUGUUCAAUAUUCAGAUCUGUUAACCUUCUGUAUAUCAUAACAAUCAGUUUUGGUCAGGGCUGUUAUGUCACGUUGAUGAGAAUCAUGUAGUUAGGCAAAUAUUUCUGUCCAUUGAGGUAAUACAUUUUGCUGUAGAGUUGAAGAGAUUUAACAUUGAUAGACAAGCAUACGGAAUAUUGUAAUAACAAAUGUUCGACCUCCCAUUUGGCAGUCCAGUUGGAAUUGGUUGUGAAGCUGUUUAUUAUUUCUAAAUGAUAAAUUUUAAACAUGUGGGGAUGUUUAAAGCGCAAUAUUUACAUACACAGGUGCAAAUGGAAAAUAAGUGACAGUGGUGUAAUAUACUAGCAUCAAAGUCUAAUGGGUGGAAUCAACUGUAUGGUUAAGCCAACUAUGCUGGAAAUCACUUACACUGUAAACAACUGUUACCCUGGAGGCAUAAGCAUGAAGUGUCAAGAGUAUACACACACGACAGACUUUAGUGACCUUGGUAUCCACCCAACCAGGAAGUGUGUAUGUCCUUCACUCUGUGCAGACUAAAUUUAAAGCAAAAGAGAUAUAUUAAGACAGUGAAUCGUAGGUAAUCAUCCAAAACAUAGUUUUGGAAGUUACAAAUGAUUAAAUGUGAUUUCUUCUAGGAAUGUUUUAGAAUGUGACAAGCUUGCUGGUUGCACAAAGCUUUACAUUUCCUGUCACUAUUGAUGCUCUUCAUAUUUGUCCCUGGAUGAGGCAUAGAUGUGGGUGCGGUGUCAAAACGAAUAGCAUUAUAUUUCCAACAGUCACCUGCUAUAUGCCACAGAUUGCAGAGACCAGUGCAUGUACAUUCAUAGAUUCACUCCCUCAGCCUUGUACUGAAUCUACUGUGAAACUAAUCGGUCAUUGAUGGAGUAUGCGUCCUAUUUAAGGGUGGUAAUAUAUACGUAUGUGUCAAUAGCAUAUAUCUUGAUCCUUGGAAGACAUCACUGUAUGCUCAUAUUGUCUUAUCAACAUUUGUAUUAAUAAAAUCUUUUCAAUAAAUUAAUGUAAUUAACCAA